UGCACUAUAAAUCCAAAUGGAUAUACUAGAGAGAUGCGACAGCCAUCAAUUUCUUGUUGGAAUACAUAGUUUUAAACGACAUUUAUUUGAGUAUAUAAGGAAUUUAAGCUCAUCACACAAAAUCAAUCAGCAGCAAUGGCCUCAAACAGCAUCUCCGUUCUCAACGCCCUCGACAACGCCCGCACUCAAUGGUACCACGUGACGGCGAUCGUCAUCGCCGGAAUGGGAUUCUUCACCGACGCAUACGACCUCUUCUGCAUCUCCACCGUCUCCAAGCUCCUCGGCCGCCUCUACUACUACGACCCCGCCUUGGGCAAGCCGGGGAAGCUCCCCCACAACGUCAACAACAUGGUCAUCGGCGUGGCCCUCGUCGGAACCCUAUCCGGCCAGCUCUUCUUCGGGUACUUGGGAGACAAGUUUGGAAGGAAGAAAGUGUACGGCAUCACCCUCAUCCUCAUGGCGUCCUGCGCCAUCUGCUCCGGCUUGUCGUUCGGGUACAGCCCGAAAGCCGUCUUGGGGACGCUCUGCUUUUUCCGCUUCUGGCUUGGCUUUGGCAUCGGCGGUGACUACCCGCUCUCCGCCACUAUUAUGUCGGAGUACGCUAAUAAGAAGACGCGCGGCGCCUUCAUCGCGGCCGUGUUCGCGAUGCAGGGCGUCGGCAUCAUCUUCGCCGGCUUGGUCUCCAUGAUCAUAUCUAGGGUAUUCCUCGGGAUGUACGGUGGCCCGGCAUUCGAAGACGAGCACGUCUUCUCGACAGAGCCGGAGGCCGACUACGUCUGGAGGAUCGUGCUCAUGAUUGGUGCGUUGCCGGCGCUGCUGACGUUCUACUGGAGGAUGAAGAUGCCGGAGACGGGGCGGUACACGGCGCUGAUCGAGGGGAACGCGAAGCAGGCGGCGGCGGAUAUGGGGCGCGUGCUCGACAUCGAGAUCAAUGCCGAGCAGGAGAAGGUUGCUCAGUUUAACUCCGCCAACGAAUACCAGAUCUUCUCGAGCGAGUUUUUCGCCCGCCACGGGAAACACUUGAUCGGAACAGCGACGACGUGGUUUUUGCUCGACAUUGCUUUCUACAGCCAAAACCUGACGCAGAAGGAUAUCUUCCCGGUGAUGGGGCUGACACGUGAUGCCGGAAAGGUGAGCGCGCUGCGGGAGAUGUUCGAGACGUCGCGGGCGAUGUUCGUGAUCGCGCUAUUCGGGACCUUCCCCGGUUACUGGUUCACCGUGGCCUUCAUCGAGAAGAUUGGCCGGUUCUACAUUCAGCUAGUUGGGUUCUUCAUGAUGUCGAUGUUCAUGUUCAUCAUCGGCGUAAAGUAUGAUUACCUCAAGGAUAAGGACCACAAGUGGACCUUCGCCGCCCUCUACGGCCUCACCUUCUUCUUCGCCAACUUUGGCCCCAACAGCACGACGUUCGUGCUGCCGGCGGAGCUCUUCCCGACGCGGGUGCGGUCCACCUGCCACGCGCUCAGCGCCGCAUCCGGGAAGGCCGGGGCCAUGAUCGGCGCCUUCGGGAUACAAAACUACACACAAGACGGGAAAGUGAAGGAGAUCAGGAAGGCGAUGAUCAUCUUGGCAAUUACGAAUUUGAUGGGAUUCGGGUUCACCUUUCUGCUGACAGAGACCAAGGGACGGUCACUGGAGGAGAUCUCCGGCGAAGAUGCUGGCUACGGUGAUGCACAGGCUGCUGGAGAGGAGCGGCGCGAUAAUUGGGACGAAACGUCGAGGAACGGUUGAUUUGGGGAUGGAUUUGCCGGCAAGUCAGACACUUGAGCUUAAACAAAAUUAUUAGUAUAUUGCUUUCAAAUAAAUUAAGUUGCGCCCAUACGAGAUGAUGCAAAACUAUCAUAUCUCUCGGCUCACCCUAAAUCGAUAGACUAGUAAUUUUGCUACAUAUAACUGAAUAAUAUGUACUACUAUGUGUUUAUUGGAUUAUGGCAAUACUGUUGUAUA